AGGCAAGCGGACUUCAUCCCAAGCGACAGAAUCCAUUCCAGCCUCUGACGGCCAUUUUGACGCGCGUGUUGUGGACAUGGCGGACUCGGCAGCGGCGGACGACAGCAAGUUCCUGUUCCUGCAGAGCGAUUUCCGCAACAGCGGUGUGGCGCAGGCCGACUGGGCGGCCAAGAAGAUGGUGUGGGUGCCGUCCGAGAAGGAAGGCUUUGAGGCCGCCAGCAUCAAGGAGGAGAAGGGCGAUGAGGUGCUGGUGGAGUUGUCCAACGGGCGCAAGGCGACGGUGAACAAGGAGGACAUCCAAAAGAUGAACCCGCCCAAGUUCAACAAGGUGGAGGACAUGGCUGCCCUCACCUUCCUCAACGAGGCCUCCGUCCUGCAGAACCUGCGAGAGAGAUAUUUCUCCAGCCUUAUCUACACGUACUCGGGCCUCUUCUGCGUGGUGGUCAACCCGUACAAGAUGUUGCCCAUUUACUCGGAGAAGAUCAUCAACAUGUACAAGGGCAAAAAGCGUCACGAGGUGCCACCGCACAUCUACUCCAUCACCGACAAUGCCUACAGGAACAUGAUGCAAGAACGUGAGGAUCAGUCCAUCCUCUGCACCGGAGAGUCCGGAGCAGGCAAGACGGAAAACACAAAGAAGGUGAUCCAGUACCUGGCCAUCGUGGCCUCCUCACACAAAGUCAAAAAGGAAGCAAAUCCUCCGGCACAACAGCAAACACAACAACAAGCACAAGGAUCGCUGGCUUACGGGGAGCUGGAGAAGCAGCUGCUGCAGGCGAACCCCGUCCUGGAGGCCUUCGGCAACGCCAAGACCAUCAAGAACGACAACUCGUCACGAUUUGGAAAGUUCAUCAAGCUCAACUUUGACGUGACCGGCUUUCUGGUCAGCGCAAACAUUGACACGUACCUUCUGGAAAAGUCUCGUUGUAUCCGUCAGGGCAACACAGAGCGAGCCUUCCACAUCUUCUACUACAUGGUGGCCGGAGCCAAAGACAAAUUGAGAGAGGAGCUUCUUCUUGAGGGCUUCAGCAGUUAUCGUUUCUUGGUGGCGGGACACGUGGAGGUUCCCGGCAUCGAGGACGAUGAGCUAUUUGUCGAGACUUUGGAGGCCAUGGCGAUCAUGGGCUUCACAGAGGAAGAGAGAAUAGGGAUGUUGAAAGUGGUCUCCACGGUUCUCCAGCUGGGCAACGUCAAGUUUGAGAAGGAGCGAAACACGGAGCAGGCCACUAUGCCGGACAACACAGCUGCCCAGAAGGUGUGCCACUUGCAAGGCAUCAAUGUGACUGACUUCACAAGGGCCUUCCUGACACCCAGAAUCAAAGUGGGGCGCGAAGUGGUUCAGAAGGCUCAGACCAAGCAGCAGGCCGACUUUUCGGUGGAGGCGCUGGCCAAAGCCAUGUACGAGCGUCUUUUUCGCUGGAUCCUGGCCAGAGUCAACAAGACCCUGGACAAGAGCAAGAGGCAGUCUUCGUCCUUCCUGGGGAUCUUGGACAUUGCCGGAUUUGAGAUUUUCGAGGACAACUCCUAUGAGCAGCUGUGCAUCAAUUACACCAACGAGCGUCUGCAGCAGCUCUUCAACCACACCAUGUUCGUUUUGGAGCAGGAAGAGUACAAGCGGGAGGGCAUCGAUUGGAACUUCAUCGAUUUCGGCUUGGACCUGCAGCCCUGCAUCGAGCUCAUCGAGAGAGGGAACAACCCACCGGGCAUCUUGGCCCUGCUGGAUGAAGAGUGCUGGUUCCCUAAAGCCACGGACGUCUCCUUUGUGGAUAAGCUGAUGAACACGCACGCCAACCAUGUGAAGUUCGCCAAACCCAAACAGCACAAAGACAAGCUGAUGUUCACCGUUGUGCACUACGCUGGGAAGGUGGACUACAAUGCAGCCAGCUGGCUGACCAAGAACAUGGACCCCCUGAACGACAACGUGACCACCCUUCUCAGCAACUCCUCCAGCAACUUCAUCCAGGAGCUGUGGAAGGACGCGGAUCGAGUGGUGGGCCUGGAGACCAUAACCAAGAUGUCGGAGAGCGCCGCGCCCACCUCCACUAAGUCCAAAAAGGGAAUGUUUCGUACGGUGGGCCAGCUGUAUAAGGAGUCCCUGGGGAAGCUGAUGACUACGCUGCACAACACACAACCGAAUUUCGUCCGCUGCAUCAUCCCCAACCACGAGAAGAGGGCAGGAAAGAUGGAUGCCAACCUGGUUCUGGAGCAGCUGAGGUGUAACGGUGUGCUGGAGGGGAUCAGAAUCUGCAGGCAGGGAUUCCCAAACCGCAUCAUAUUCCAGGAGUUCAGGCAAAGGUACGAGAUCCUGGCGGCCAACGCCAUCCCGAAGGGCUUCAUGGAUGGGAAGCAGGCAUGCAGCUUGAUGAUCAAGCAUUUGGACCUGGACCCUAACCUGUAUCGCAUCGGCCAGAGUAAGAUGUUCUUCAGGACGGGGGUGUUGGCUCAGCUGGAGGAAGAGCGAGACCUCAAGCUCACCGUGAUCAUCAUCUCCUUCCAGGCACAAGCCCGAGGCUUCCUGGCCCGCAAGGCAUUCAGCAAACGUCAGCAACAGCUUACUGCCAUGAAGGUGAUCCAGAGGAACUGUGCUUGCUACCUCAAACUCAAGAAUUGGCAGUGGUGGAGGCUCUUCACCAAGGUGAAGCCCCUGCUGCAGGUCACCCGCCAAGAGGAAGAAAUGGGCCAGAAGGACGAGGAACUCAAGGCGGCGAAGGAACUGGCAGCCAAAAAGGAGGCGGAACUCAAGGAGAUCACCCAGAAACAUACGCAGCUGAUGGAAGAACGAGCUCAGUUGGAGAGCAAACUCCACGCCGAGACCGAGCUGUACGCUGAGGCCGAGGAGAUGCGGGUGCGCCUGGAGGCCAAGAAGCAGGAGCUGGAGGAGGUCCUCCACGAGAUGGAGUCCAGGCUGGAAGAGGAGGAGGAGCGCUCCACCUCCCUGCAGCAGGAGAAGAAGGACAUGGAACAGCAGCUGCAGGCGAUGGAGGCCCAUUUGGUAGAGGAAGAAGACGCUCGUCAGAAGCUGCAGCUGGAGAAAGUUGCCGUGGAAGGAAAGGUGAAGAAACUGGAAGAGGAUGUUCUGUUCAUGGAGGACCAGAAUAACAAACUGCAAAAGGAGCGAAAGCUUCUGGAGGAGAGGAUGGCGGACUUAAACUCCAACCUGGCCGAGGAGGAAGAGAAGUCAAAGAACUUGACCAAGCUGAAGGCCAAGCAUGAGUCGAUGAUCUCCGACUUGGAAGUACGUUAUAAAAAGGAGGAGAAGGGUCGCCUGGACAUGGAGAAGGCCAAAAGGAAGUUGGAAGCUGAACUGGCCGAGCUCCAUGAGCAGCUGGCCGACCUCCAGGCGCAACUGGCUGAGCUCCGAGCGCAACUUGCCGCCAAGGAAGAUGAACUGCAGGCAACGCAGGCGCGUUUGGACGAGGAGACCAACCAGCAUGGCCUGGCUGUCAAGAAAGUUCGGGAACUGGAGACCCUACUGUCCGAGCUCCAGGAGGACCUGGAGGCCGAGAGGGGGGCCCGAGCCAAGGUGGAGGUGGCCAGACGGGACCUCGGAGAGGAGCUCAACGCACUGCGCUCGGAACUGGAGGACAGCCUGGACACCACUGCAGCACAGCAGGAGCUACGGGCAAAGCGUGAGCAGGAAGUGGCUAUGCUGAAGAAGGCCAUGGAAGAGGAGGGCCGCAGUCACGAGGCCCAAAUCCAGGACCUGAGGCAGAAGCACAGCCAGGUGGUGGAGGAACUCUCUGAGCAGCUGGAACAAGCCAAGAGGGUUCGAGCAGGUCUGGAGAAAUCCAAGCAGGCCCUGGAGAAGGAGUCUGCGGAUCUGAGUGCCGAUUUACGCGCUUUGGCUGCCGCCAAGCAGGACGUAGAGCACAAGAAGAAGAAAGUGGAUGCUCAGCUGAACGACGUCAACGCUCGCUUCAACGAGAGCGAGAGGCAGAGGAACGAACUUGGGGAGAAAGUUUCCAAGAUGACCGUGGAGGUGGAAAACAUGAGCAGUCUUCUCAAUGAAGCGGAGGGAAAGAGCAUCAAGCUGAGUAAAGAUAUUUCCGGGCUGUCCUCGCAGCUCCAGGCCACUCAGGAGCUACUGGCCGAGGAGACGCGUCAGAAGCUGAACGUGGCGGGACGUCUGCGGCAGAUGGAAGAUGACCGCAUCAAUUUGACGGAAAUGCUGGAGGAGGAAAGCGAGGCCAAGCGGGUCUUGGAGAGGCAGGUGUCCAGCCUCAACAUGCAGCUGUCUGACUGCAAAAAGAAGCUGGACGAGUCCCUGGGCACAGUGGAGCUGCUGGAGGAAGGUAAGAAGCGUCUUCUGCGAGACAUGGAGGCGGCCAACAAUGAUUACGAAGAGAAGGCCUCGGCCUACGACAAGCUGGACAAGAGCCGCAGCAGAGUGCAGCAGGAGCUGGAGGACGUCCUCAUGGACCUGGACAGCCAGAGGCAGCUUGUCUCCAACCUGGAGAAGAAGCAGAAGAAGUUUGACCAGAUGCUGGCCGAGGAGCGAGCGGUGUCCUCCAAGUUUGCAGAGGAGCGAGACCGAGCCGAGGCAGAGGCCAGGGAGAAGGAGACCAAAGUAUUGGCUCUGUCCAGAGCCCUGGAGGAGAACCGGGACGCUCUGGAGGAUGCGGAAAAGACCAACAAAAGCCUCCGAGCCGAGAUGGAGGACCUCAUCAGCUCCAAGGAUGAUGUGGGACGAAGCGUGCACGACUUGGAGAAGGCCAAGCGUGGCCUUGAGGCCGUGGUGGAGGAGAUGAAAGCCCACAUGGAAGAGCUGGAAGACGAGCUGCAGGUGGCCGAGGACGCCAAGCUUCGUCUGGAGGUCAACGGUCAAGCCCUCAAAACCCAGCACGAGAGGGACCUGCAGGCCCGCGAGGAGGCCGGCGAGGAAAAGAGGAAGCAGCUCCUCAAGCAGGUACGCGAGCUGGAGUCAGAGCUGGAGGAGGAAAAGAAGCAGCGUGCUCAGGUGUCGGCCGGCAAGAAGAAGCUGGAAGGCGAACUGAAGGACACUGAGGACCAGCUGGAGACCACCAACCGGGCGCGCGACGAGGCGAUCAAGCAGCUGCGCAAGAUCCAGGGCCAGGUGAAAGAUCUCCAACGGGAGCUAGAGGACUCUCGCGCCGCCCAGAAGGAAGUCCUCACCUCAGCCAGGGAGGCCGAGCGCAAGACCAAAGUCAUGGAGGCUGACGUGGUGCAGCUCCAUGAGAUGCUGGCGGCGGCCGAGCGAGCUCGAAAGCAGGCGGAGGCCGAGCGAGACGAGCUGGCUGAGGAGCUCGCCACCAAUUCCUCCGGAAAGACCAUGUUGUCUGAUGAGAAACGCCGCCUAGACGCUAAGAUCAGCCAUCUGGAGGAAGAACUGGAGGAGGAGCAGACCAACAUGAUCAACCUCAACGAGCGUUUGAGAAAGAGCCAGCAGCAGGUGGAGCAGCUGAGCACCGAGCUGACAACGGAGCGAGCGUCUUCGCAGGCCAAGGAAGCGGCUAGGCAGCAGCUGGACAAGCAGAACCGGGAGCUCAAGGCCAAAGUUCAGGAGAUGGAAGGCCAGGGCCGAUCCAAGCUCAAAUCGUCCGUCACCACCCUGGAGAACAAAGUCAGGGAGCUGGAGGAGAAGAUGGAGGUGGAAAGCAGGGAGCGUCAGGCCGCUGUCAAGAACUUACGUCAGAAGGAGAAGAAGCUGAAGGACUUAAGCACCCAGAUGGAGGACGAGAGGAAGCAGGCGCAGCAGUUCAAAGAUCAGGCCGAGAAAGGCAACGUGCGCGUCAAGCAGCUGAAGCUUCAGCUGGAGGAGGCGGAGGAGGAAGCGCAGCGCAUGGCCGCCGCCCGCAGGAAGCUGCAGAGGGAGCUGGAUGAGGCGGCCGAGGCCAAUGAUGCCCUCAACAGGGAGGUCGCCGCGCUCAAAAGCAAACUCAGGCGUGGCGGCGAGGCCAGUUUCAGCAGCUCCAGCCCCCGCGCUAGCGGCAGCAGCGGCCUGAGCGGAAACUCCAUGAGGAGCUUGGGGGCGUUGACGGGAGGAAAUGUCGGCCGCAGGAGGAGCAGCAUCCUGGAAAACUCGGCGGAGAUCCCCGAGGAAGAUGAGGAGGAAGAGAAAGCUCGCUCGCCAUCUCCCGCCGCACGAAGCUCCCCGCCUGAGGAUUCCCGCGAGGAGCUCGGCCAAUGCGACCCCGACGCGUAAUCGCCACGAGUGGGAUCGCCACCUGUUGCUUUGCCACGCACUUCACCUGUCACACUCAAAAGAGCAGCAGAUCGUGCAACACUUUCCACAACUAGACUCUAUAUAUUACUUUGCCACAAAAAAAUCUAAUGCAAUGUUUGG